CCAACCCGACGAUCCUGCCGCCGAGUCCGGCCCCUAGUCCUGAUAACCAUGUAUCCGCCAAUGGUAGUCGGACUUUGGCGGGCGCCGGAUCAGUGGGGAAGACGAUGCAAGACAGGUCCAACCUACCUCACCUUAACACGAACACUAGACAUUCGUUGCCGACUCCUAGUUCACCGAGCGGGUCCACCACGAUGGAGAUUCCAUCUUCGAAGAGCAGGAGUCCGGAGGUUGGAACGAUGAAGUUACCAGCCGUUGCUCUUUCUGUUCCUGGCAAGUCUUCACUUGCAAGUCCGAGAGAGUGGAGUACGUUUGCGUUGGGUGGGAAGCUGAAGCGUAAUGCGUCAAGCUCUGGAGUUGCGGAAACGGGUAAAGAGCGGGGGAGGAGUAAUAGCAGUAGCAGUCGGCUGAGUCCAACAGUAGAGAGUGUCGAAGCUUGGGCUGAGGAUGUCGCGAUGAUAGAUGGAGACAGGAAUGGUGCGAGGGUCGGUGAAGUGGACGGUGAGUUGGAGGAGGUGGAGGAAGUGGUGAAGCUGCCACCGAAGAUGAGGAAGAGGGCGAAGAAUGGGAAUGCGGGAUUGUCGCUUGUGGAUUCACAUUCGAGUUGCUCUACUGCUGAGUCCUCUUUGAGUCCUCGUGAGCUUGACGACGCAACUUUGAUGCCACCACCACCACUUCCCGCUUCGAUGGAUCCGACGACCGUUUCUUCGCUCUCGCUCACUUUUGCGCUAAUGGCGAAGACGGAAGAACGCCACUUGUCGCCCGUUUCGUCUCAUGCGACUACACCGAGGACGCCGGAGCGUGAGAUGUCGUAUGAGGCAUCAUCUAUGUCAUCAGAGCGAUCGAGAGAGCCCUCAACGUCACCCAGAGUCAGUGUCGAACCAAGUUUGGGGACGGUUGUUGAGGAUGACGCAAUGGAAGUCGAGGUCGAAACGGACGAUUCUGGACUUGAACCCGAACUGGCUACGGUGGAUGACUCGUUAUCGACUGAGAUGGAGAAGAGGGAGAGUAGCUACAGGGAUGAGAAGCCUGCGGCUUCAAUCACUGUUGAGAAGCAGCUGGCUCAUAGUUCUUUGACAUCUGCCUCGUCUGUAACGGUGACGACGCCUGUUGUCGAGGAAGCUUCCGCGCCUGAAGUAAAACCGAAGACAGCUACUUCUCGAGAAGCUACGCCAGAUGAAGCCCCAUCAUUAAUACCUUGGUCCCAGCCUCCAUCUUCGCCACUACCUUCACCUGCCCCUACCCUGACAUUUUCUCGAGCCCCAUCCCCGCCAUCAAUCCGUCAUUCUUCCUCUGAUGCCACUGAACCUACGCCGCUUGGUCCUGUGGUCUCUCGCUCAUCUUCGUCCGACGCUGCCCCGACUUUCCAAGUACCCUUGCCCGAUCCUGUGGCUGAGACUACAUCUGUCCCCCCAUCUGUGCCCGCUCCAGCAUCCAAUCUGAAAGUAGACUCAGAGCCAGCCCCUCCCGCCCCAAUGCCUGCUCCUCUGCCCGAAGAAUUUCCCGCUCCACCGCCAAUGCCAACCGAGGCACCAGAGCCUGUUCCUGUUCCCCCACCUGUCCCCGCACCCCAGCCUUCAUUUGUUCCCGCAUCUGCCUCUGCUCCAGCUUUUGCACCUGUCCCCGCACCUGCUGCUCGAAUGAGUUUCGCAGACUGGAAAAAGAAGCGUGCACUUGCAACCGCGGUCGCCACGAAGCAGCAAGAGGAUAAGGACAAGGAGAUGCAGGAAGGUAGGGCUGUGGAGACGGUUAGCAUUGCCGUUGCUGAGCAGGGACACAAGGAAAAUGUGACAACCCCUGCUGUUGCGCUGGCGCCUCUGCGUGCUCCUGAAGUUAAGGCUGCUUCCGCUCCUGUUACGAUCUCCACGGCCACCAUUUCUAGGGAGAAGACAGAGGGUGCAUCCGCUCCGGCUAUCAAAGGUGGGCUUGCCAGUGGGCCUGUACCCAUCGAUGUUGCUCAGAGGGUGUCUCGCUAGCGGGGGAUCGUGAUGGUACUGUUCCCAUUUAUCCACCCGGCCGCUAAAGUGGAACAUCCCAACCACUACCGCUACGACAACCGCUCCGUCUGUUAUCGUUGAGCCAAGCUGUAACGCGGCUCCGGUCGCUCAGUGUCCUGGUGGGUGGGGUAGAAUUAGUGGCUCACUGGCGAAGGUCGAUGAAGUCAUAUGCGGACGGGACGAAAAGCCAAGUUCCCCUGUUUGGCGAUUGG